ACCAGUUCCAAUGUUGGUAGUCCAAGGCAGUAAUCUGAGAGAGAGAGAGUAGCGUUCGCUUACUGCCUACUCCUUAACCUACUAAAUCGCCGCCUCAUUCAUAUGCUUUUGAUUGUCAUCAACUCAGCCCAAUUCUCUUCUUCUUUUCUCAUCAAAAACACUAAAUUAUGAUUUCCUCUCUUCUAUUCCAUCUUUAAUCUUAUUAUUAUAAUACUACUAAUAAAAGAAAAUUAUAUUAUAUAUUCUUAGCAACCAAAGAGAGGUUGAGGGUGGACUUUUUAUUCCCAAAGUUUCAAUCUUUGUCUCAGUCCCAUACCUCUUCCCACUCUCUUCUAUUCUCUAUUUGGAACAGUUUAAUUUCUUCUCAACUUGCAAUGUUUUUUCCCUUACUCAAACUUCCACCUAUUAUUUCUCCUUAUAAUUAUUACUGCUAUAUAAUUCUUUAUUGAACACAACAAAUAAAAGGGUGCUCUAUUAUAAUUUAUAUCAGUUCCUGAUUUGGGUGAGCUGAGCUGCUAGAGGAGGAGUUUGAGUUUUUUUUUUUUUCUGUACAAAGAUUGAGUUUUUGAUAUGGGGGGUCUUUGUUCAAAGUCUGUGAAAGGUGACAAGGUGUUUGCUAAAUCAGAUGGACAUUCUGAUAACCAUAAAUCUGAUGGUAAGAACCACAAGUCCACCAACAUGCCUAGUGAUUUGACAAGUGCAGGGGAUCAUGGAGUGGACAAGAAAAAACAAGAAGCUGAUGCUGCUGCAGGGAAUGGUUCUGAUGAUUUCUAUGAUGGAAUCCCACGGUUUAAUGAUUCUUUUCCCCACAAGUCUAGGUCAGUAAAAUCAAGGCAUGCUGUGGCAAAGGUCUCAGAGGUGAGUUUACGCCUGGGCAGAGCUGGUAUUGACGUUUUGGACACUCUGGGGAGCAGUAUGACAAAUUUAAGUGCUGGUGGGUUUGUAUCUGGAGCUGUGACAAAGGGGAAUGAAAUUGGAAUUUUAGCAUUUGAGGUUGCAAACACUAUUGUCAAGGGUUUUAGUCUUAUGGAAUCUCUUUCAACAAAAAAUAUUAAGCAUUUAAAAGAAGAGGUGCUUCAAUUAGAGGCUGUGCAAGAUUUAGUAUCAAAGGAUACGGAUGAACUUCUAAAGAUUGUUGGUGCAGACAAAAGGGAUGAGUUGAAAGUCUUUUCUGAUGAGGUAAUUCGUUUUGGAAAUCGUUCAAAGGAUCCUCAGUGGCACAACUUGGACCGAUACUUUGAGAAAGUUAGUAGAGAACUUAAUUCUCAAAGACAAUCAAAGGAGGAGGCAGAAUUACUAAUGCAACAAUUGAUGACUAUGGUUCAGUUUACAGCUGAAUUAUACCAUGAGUUGCAUGCUUUGGAUAGAUUUGCACAAGAUUAUCAGCAUAAGCGUGAAGAGGAUGAUAAUUCAGGUGCAGCUCAAAGUGGUGAUGGCCUUUCAAUCUUGAGGGCAGAACUUAAAAGUCAAAAGAAGCAAGUUAAACAUUUGAAAAAAAAGUCACUCUGGUCCAGAAGUUUGGAGGAGAUUAUGGAGAAGCUUGUAGAGAUAGUCCAUUUUUUGCAUUUGGAGAUAAACAAUGCCUUUGGCACUGCAGAUGACCAUAAACCAUUAAUUCGAACCAUCAGCAAUCGCCAAAAAUUGGGUCCUGCAGGCCUUGCUUUACAUUAUGCUAAUAUAGUGCUCCAAAUUGAUACUCUUGUUGCCAGAUCCAGUUCUAUGCCUGCAAAUACAAGGGAUGCACUGUAUCAGAGCUUGCCUCCUAAUAUAAAAUUAGCCUUGCGUUCCAAAUUACCAAGCUUUCAUGUUGUAAAAGAGCUCACCAUAUCAGAUAUUAAACAAGAGAUGGAGAAAACAUUGCAUUGGCUGGUUCCGAUUGCUACAAACACGGCCAAAGCACAUCAUGGUUUUGGUUGGGUAGGGGAGUGGGCAAGCACUGGUUCUGAGCUGAAUAAGAAGACCAUGAAGGCUGAUGUGUUGCGGAUUGAAACGCUUCACCAUGCCGAUAAAGAUAAAGUAGAAAAUUAUAUUCUUGAACUUCUCCUAUGGCUUCACCGCUUGGCCGUCAAAAGUAAAGCUGGCAUCGAUACCGGAGAAACAAGGUCUACCUUAAAGUCCCAAGUUGGCACUGCCCUUCAAACUACAAAUCAACAAUCAACAAAAGCCUUAUCGCCAUUGUUAACAACUGACGAGCAGAAAAUGCUGCAAGAUGUUAGUAAUAAAAUUCGUAUAAGAAGGAUCAGUAAAAGCUUAGACUUUGACAGUGUGAUGGCAGAUAAUGACAGACUUACUAAGAGUAGCAGUUAUUCUUAUUCAUCAACAAGUAGAAGCAAGGAAUUAUCUUUUAAUAGAAUUUUGUCUAAGCUUCCUGUUAUUGAUUUUGGUAUUGACAAAAAGAGAGCAUUGGAUGUGAUUGACAGAUUAGACGUGGUCAGAUAAUUUGCAACUAUUCUUGAGUGCCUUUGAAAUGAAAGGGUAGUAGCAAGACAUGGACAGACGAAUGGGACUUCUUUGUGUAAAUAUACAAGCAUACAAAUGCUGCAAGUCUUGAGUGCCAAAUUUUGGCACCCUGGAUUCCUUUUGCUUCAUUAGAGUGCUUUGUUUUGGUGAUAUGCUGCUCCACAUCAUGAUGUAGAUAUGGAACCAAGGAAAUUGUUGAGGUGAUAAUCAUUCUUGCUUGUAUCAAUGUGAUUGAAGUGGCCACUCGCUAUUGGAGCGGAGUGGAUUCUGUUUUUUUGUUCUUGAGUGUAUAGACACUGAGGAUAUGGUACUUACGAUUGGUUUUUGUUACAUGUAUAAUUAUUGGUUUGGUUACCUUGCCUAUAUGCCUAUUGACACAGCCGAAAAUGGUAACUAUUUUUCUCAAAUGUU